CAAAAAUUACGAAAAUAAAAAUAUAUCAGGACCGGCCGGUAAAUGACAAGUAUUCAGUGGCUGAGCCCUACUCUGACAAAAGCUUGAGAAAUUUCAAGAGUUGGCGCGGCGCGGUUUGACAGGGAAACCAAACCUCCUCAAUCAACAGACCAACUGGGACAAGCCCUAACCGAUGGAGCCGGAACUGGUGAUGGCUUCGUCGCAGACGGACGCCGGCAUAGGCUGCUGGGACUUGCACUCCGGCGCCGAGCUCCUCCGUUACCGGUCUUGCGCCUCCCCUUCUCACGGUCUCGUAUGCGUCGGCGGCCGCUUCGUCGCCUCCUCUCAGCUCCGUGAGCCCUCCGCCUCGUCCGGCUCCGUCCUCUACUGGUCCUGGAACAAGGCUCAUGCGGAAGUCAAGAAUUUUCCAGCAGAGCCGAUUAAUCCUCUCGUUUCUAAUAGUGACGGGACGUAUAUAGUUGGCGGAGGUGUCUCUGGGGAUAUUUAUAUGUGGGAGGUUCCGACGGGUAGACUGCUUAGGAAGUGGCAUGCUCAUUACAGAGCGGUUACGUGCUUGGUGUUUUCGGAUGAUCAGUCCUUAUUGAUUUCUGGGGCAGAGGAUGGAGCUGUUAGAGUCUGGUCGCUUCUCAUGAUAUUUGAUGAUAUGCGGAGGGAGCAAGCAAAACACCUCUAUGAUUAUAGCUUCUCUGAGCACACUUUACGAGUGACUGACAUUGCCACAGGCUACGGUGGAUGUAAUGCAAUUAUAGUGUCUGCUUCGGAGGAUAGAACAUGCAAGGUUUGGAGCUUAUCUAAGGGGAAGCUACUGAGAAAUAUUGUAUUCCCAUCAAUAAUUGAUGCGAUUGCAUUGGACCCUGGCGAGCAUGUCUUUUAUGCUGGAGGCAGAGACGGCAAGAUAUACAUCGCUGCACUCACUGCUCAAGGCACCUCGAGCAACACUUAUGGAAUGCAUAUUAUUGGUUCUUUAGCUGAUCAUAGUAAAGCUGUCACUUGCUUAGCAUUUAGUGUGGAUGGAGUGUUGUUGGUUUCUGGCUACGAGGACGGCAUGGUUCGAGUCUGGGAUACUAAAACUCAUAACAUUGUUCGCAUCUUCAAACAUGGAAAAGGUCCUGUAAACAAUAUUCUUGUUGUUCCUUGGAUGUUACUGAAUUCUCAGUCUUCUCCCAUAAGAAGGCAUGGAUCUUCAUUACCCCCUCCACUGGAGAAGUACGCAAAUUCAACGGAUGAGAUUGCAGAAGUUAAGGCUUAUCUCGGUACCCAUGGUACUUCUGAUGAGCCUCUGGAUGCUUCAUACGUCAGUGUUCACACUAUGAAUAGUCAAAUUGAAGAGCUGCAGCAACAAGGCUCUUCAGCUGCAGCUGGAAUGGAGGUGGAACGACUAAAGCUGGAGUACAGAAGAUCUAUGCAAAUGGUCCAGCGGUGGCAGAAAAUGUACGAAAACUUGCACCAACUUUGUCUAGAUGAGCUUUUGGAUGGAGAUCAAGCUGGAGGCUGAAAUGGAAACUCCACCUUGAGGGAGAUGUUUUUGUCCUGUGCAAACAGCUCCAAAGUUUUGUAGGUACUGACCAUUAUUUACCCCAUGAUUCCAUCGCCGUAGAAAAUGAUAGGCUUCGAUUUUCCUCGUUCUGAAGACUUGGAGUUCUUGCUGAUUGGUCUCAAAUCCUCUACAGUUUUUUGGUAAUUAGACACAAUUAUAUUCUCAUGUUUGAUUGUUACCUAUAUAUAUUUUCAAUGUAUAUGACACUGGGUUCAAUUUUCAUGUAUUUUAUGUACCUGGUGGAGCUGACUUUGGGGUUUGCCCUAGGAGAUUUGGUUGUCUUCUUAGUUGCCAUAAUUUUGACUGCCUCUUUUGGCUCAAUUUUCAUGGUGGAAUCUGUGACUUCGGUGUUGUAUUGCCCUCAGAGAUUUGGCUGUCUUUCUUAGUUUCCAUAUUUUCAUGGGAAAUUGUCCUCUCUGCACUUCUA